GAUCCAGUCCUCGUCUGCAUCGACUGUGAAGCAUUCGAGCACGCCCAACAAAAGAUCACCGAACUCGGCGUCGCAGUGCUAGACACGAGAGACAUUGACCUCCACAACGUGGACGCGAGCAGCAGCACCUCCAACUCAUGGGUCGCGAAGAUGAAGUACGCCCACUACCGACCCAUCGAGUACGCGAAUCUACGCAACAAGAACUUCAUCAAAGGCUGCGCGGAAUCCUUCAAUUUCGGCACAACCACGUGGAUACGAGUAAACGAUGGCAAACAACUACUCAAACGUCUAUUCGCACAUCCAACCCAUCUGCCACAGCUAGCGGACUUUGCCGUCACUCCUCCAACGAGCGAGCCUCGCAACGUCGUCUUCGUCGCCCAUGGCGCGAGCAACGACACGGCCUACCUAAAGCAACUCGGCUUUGAUAUGACGGCGGACGCUGAGGUAAUUCGAACGGUCGACACGCAACUACUCGCUGGCGGCUCGAAGAAGCACGGCGUGAGCUUGCACCGGCUGAUGCUAGCGUUGGAAGUCGAGGCGGUUAAUCUGCAUAAUGCCGGUAACGACGCUGCGUAUACGCUGCAAGCGAUGGUGUUGAUGGCC